UCAUCGGGUUUUAUGGUCGCACGGGUGAUAUAGUGCGUUUCUCGACUCGCACAAGCUAUCGUUCAAAUCCGUUCUCCGUUUUCCUCGACGUCUUCCCUCCCCCCCUCGAGUCACGCGAGUUUCUCUCGUCUUUCGCAAUCCACUGUGAUAUUAUUAUUAUAAUUAUGUAGCGUUUUACGAACUGUUUGCCAACAAAAAACCUGAACGAUCACCCGUCCCGUCCCCGCGAACGGUUUCCGACUCGUCUAUUUUGUACAGCGGUAGUACGGAAAAUAGACCCCCAUGCGUCGGGCGGUACAGUUCCGUUCGCGGUAGAAAAGUCGGAAAAGACGUUGAGAAGAAGUGUUAACACAGAAUGAAAUGAAAAAUCAACGCUAAUAACUAAACCAACGAUGUAACGUUGUGUACCGUUUAUCACAGCUAUACCGCACUCGUUCGUUCGCUGCGUCGAUCGCAGAUGUCGAAUUUUAGAGUUUAUUCUACCUCAAAGACUGAUCGCGGCACGAUUCGCCGUACCGAUAUGACUGACACACCGUUAGGGAACAUAGUGAACACUUAACCGUAUACAUUCGUGUAUAGGAUAGCGCGUGCCUGCACGGUUUCUCAAUAAUCAGUACAUAUCGAAUUGGACAGUAAUUGUUGAUGAAUGUAGGAGGGAUAGAAAUUGACGUCAAGCGGCAAAAGUCGCGAUGCAAAAAGAAGGCAAGCCUAGGUUUCUCAAACAUCACAGUAACAGUGUUCGGGGAGUAGCGUUCAGUCCUCGUGACCGUUACUUGUUCUGUUCUGGAGCAUACGAUGGAAAAGUAAAUCUCUACUCAUCAUUGCGUAUGGAAUUGCUCAUGUCAUAUUCUAUCACCACAAUGGCUGUUGCUAAAAAUGUAAAUGCCGUAAGAUUCACUUCGGAUGGCUCAAGGAUUUUAGCAUGCACUACAUCUAGGAGACUUUCAGUUGUAGAUGUUGAACGAGGAGAACAACUAUUAGCUUAUGAUAACUGUGCAGCCAGUGGUAGGGAUAGAACAGGUCUGGCAACAGAUCCUUCGUCACCCAACAUCGCAGUAUCUGUGGCAGUAAAUGGCAAAGGUCUUACGUUAUUAGAUCUUCGAAUGCCUUUACCAUUAGAUUAUGUAUAUGAUCUGCAUUCUAGCACUAUUCGUGAUAUAGUUUUUCUUGAAUCAUCGUGGCCCUGGGCAACUAGUAAUGGACUACUUAGUACUCUUAUCACUGCAGGUUCAGACGGUUGCUGUAAAGUAUGUACAAUGGAUGGUCGAAUAUUGCAUACAUUUUAUUCUGGUCGCCAUUUGAAUACAGUUUGCCCAACACCAGAACCAUUUCAAAGUUUUUUAUCCAAUGGAUUUUAUAGUGUAAUUAUGAGUGGAGGUGAUAAAAUUACAUCAUAUGUCCCUAAUUUGGGCAUUCAAGAAAGUUUCUGUGAAAAUCGUGAUAAACCCAUCUGGAAAGUUAGAUAUACAUCAAAUGGGAGCUUUUUAUAUUCUGUGUGUGAGGGUGGUGUUGUUAGAAAAUACCGAAGGUAUCCAGAUAGGCAUGAAUAUCUUGGAGAAGUAUAUACACAUAAAGGAGAUAUACAGGACUUAGAUAUAUCUCCAUACGAUGAGUAUCUUAUUACAGCAUCAAAAGACCGAACAGUGGGAGUGCUGCGUUUAGGAGCUCCUAGUCAUGGGUGGACAGAUUAUGGUGAACUAACGUGACAGCUUAAGCAAUUUUUAGAAUUAAUACAAAAUUAAUAUAAUUACAAAAUGUGAAAAAUUGUAUAAUUCAAAUAUGUUUUAAGGGAUUUUUUUUAAAACUUUGUAAUGCCAACAGAUGCACCAAAUUUAUGUGUGAUAUUUAAUAUAUUAAAUGUAAAUUAUACCA